CUGUGGCUGUAUUCAUCAGAAAUCAUGAAAUAUGAAGCAGAUAUAUCCAAACUUGAAGGGUAUUUUCGUCAUUGUAUUAACCAUUUUAAUAAAUGUCAAGAAAUAUAAAGUUGAAAUAUCAGAGUUUGUUUAGACUUUUGAGAGCCAAAAAAAAAAAAAAAAAAGGGGGAGGAUGGGGAAAUCGGCGACAACAAAGGAUGACGCUCAAGCUCUGUUUCAAUCUCUUCGGUCUGCUUAUUCUGCUACUCCUACUAAUCUCAAGAUCAUAGAUCUGUACGUCGUUUUCGCUGUAUCCACUGCUCUAGUUCAGGUGGUUUACAUGGCAAUAGUUGGGUCGUUUCCAUUCAACUCUUUUCUCUCGAGUGUGCUUUCGUGUGUUGGCACAGCUGUCCUAGCUGUUUGUCUUCGUAUUCAAGUCAACAAAGAAAACAAGGAAUUCAAGGAUUUACCUCCCGAGCGUGCUUUUGCAGAUUUUGUUCUCUGCAAUUUGGUACUGCAUCUGGUGAUUAUGAAUUUCCUUGGGUAACUCGUCUUCACAUAUGUUUUGUGACAGUAAGAUGAGAGCCAGUCAAUAGUUUCUUGGAUUCACCGUGUUCUUGAGUCCUGGAAUCUCUUUUGGCAAUAGGAUUAUUAAUUUGAACAUUUUAAAACUUUGGAAAAUCAAUGAAUUCGAUCUAUACAUUUAUGACCGCAUAGCUAACAAUUUAUCAUAGAUUUUCGAUUUUGAUACUGGUUUA